AAAUGUUAAGUAUGUUUAAUGCGAAGUGAUUUUUAAAGAACGCCUUUAUGUUAAGACUUGCGGUACCGCGACGGAGCUAGAAUUGCAGUCGCAAUCGUAACAUUCAAUGCUGCAAUGAAGCAGAGUUCAGUUGUUGUGCUUCUGAAGAAUAUAUUAUAAUUAAAGUGCUGGGAUUGCAAUCUAAAUAAAUAAGGGCCCAAUCCACCCUGCUACCGUCAUCAUCACUACCUUCCAAAAAUGACGUCGGCCUCUGCAAUGGCUGCACCGUUACCGGUCAACGAUCUCGAUGUCAUACAAGACAUGAUAGACAUUUCGGCCGAUCGUUUGGAGGGGUUACGUACACAAUGUGCCACAAGCGCAACUUUAACGCAACAGGAGAUCCGUAGUCUAGAGUCGAAACUAGUACGCAUGUUCUCCAAAUUAUUAUUAACUAAAGCACGUUUAAAUGAACGAAUACCGGCUAGCGGUUUGCCCCACACCACCGGCACUGAACUAAGGCAGUGGCUACGCGUUGUUGGUCUUAGUCAAGAAUCAUCUAAUAUUUGUCUCACCCGCUUGUCCACACUGGAGCAGCUGCUCGAACAGAGUGAUGAAGAACUUAAACAGUUAUUGUGCAAUAAUCUCGGUUAUCGCACAGAAGAAGAUGUUCGACGGCUGACAACUGCUAUGCAAAACCUGCGUAAAUGUAAGCAAAGCUUAAGUAUACUUGAAGGUGGAAAUGGCACCACCAGUACCGCUGGGAGCGAGGGGAAAGAACAACUGACUGAACAAUUGUUUUGGGACUCGUGGGAUCGUCAUCAUCCCCAUCAUCAUCAUCAUCACCGCGGUAGUAUGGGCAAUAUUGGAAUAACAGCCUCGCCUCGCACUCAUCGCAUGAUAACGAAGCAAGCGAAACAACACCAUCAUCAAUCGGCGGGUAGCAGCCGUCAGUCGCCAUCACAUGAUCACAGCGGCAAAUCGACUUCAACGGCUGCAAUCAAUAAUACUACCGACGAUUUGUCGAGUAUGCAGGGCUCCACUCUAACACUGACGUUGACGCCUUCACCUCCGAAUUCACCAUUCACGCCCACCAGUAUAAUUAGCCAUUUCAGUACUGUAUGUAGCGGUGUCAGCAGUGUCAAUGGCACACCACAGCGAGGCAAGCCGGCUGGAACGCCUCCUCCUAUGAAGAAGCAUCAGACGUUAUUGUCCAGUAUGCAACAACAUACACCGACGCAUACGGCCACUGUUGCUUCUGCGACUGCAGCUUCUGUAAUGGCAUCUAGCCAGCAAGAUUCAUCAAUGCUGCCCCUGGCUAAAUCCAAGUCUAACGAGUCUCCAUUCCGCGACACCCCGCUCUCCAGUACUGGCUCCCCCCAGUCGCAAUCCUUAACCGCAGCGUCAUCAGUAAUGGGGGCAACCGCAAUGGCAGGUAGUAACAUAUCGUCAUUACCACGUUCCCGCUUGCACACUGAUCCUAGCCCUGACAGUUAUUCUUCUGCUAGUUCGGACGUAUUCGCGGAAAACAAUAAUAAUCCAAACAAUCUUCAAGUUCCACGUUCACCCGGCACAUUGACAUUAGGAAUGGGGCAUACCAUAUCACAUCGUUUUGCCAAAGUCUUCCAGGUGAUGUCAACGUGUGAUCUUUGUCAAAAGCAAAUGUUUUUUGGUCUCAAAUGCAAAGAGUGCAAAUACCGUUGCCAUAAAGACUGUGAGUCGAAUGUGCCACCAUCAUGCGGGCUACCGCCUGAAUUUGUGGAUGAGUUUAAGAAAACGCUGAAGGAUCAAGUAGGAUUUCCUACUUUACCGCAUAACCAGCCCACUGCGAAUACAUCACCGAAUCUAAAUACGUUUGGAAGAAACAGAGCACAGCGACGUAAUAAAUCAGGUUCCACGGUGAGUAGCAGCCAUCAGCACGAUAGCAGUUCACCAGGUUCUAGCUGCAAUAGCUCUAGUCCCUCAAGCCCGGCACUUUUUAAUCUUCAACAACAACACGCAGCCGCACAUGCGGGUACAGUCUUUAUUACGAGUGGUGGUAAUAUGAUGAGCUCUUCGGGUGGUGGCAGCUCAAGCACGAGCUCCAAUAUGCUAUCCACACCUUCCUCAUUUCAAAAAAAUUCUAGCCAGUUCAACUUUCCAGACGUAACCAUCACCUCGAAUUGCAAUCAAGCCGCCGGUGGCACUACACAGACUCUUUAUUCCUCACAAAAUAGCGGCACAGAGUCAGUAAGUGGUGAAUUCAUCUGCUCACAGCAAUUCGAAUUUCAUGACGGGAACAACUCUCUCACAUCUUCAAUCAAUAAAUCGAGUUGCGGAAGUGAAAGUUUAUCUAGUGGCACUGUAGUUACCUGCGUGGGCCCGUACGCAAGUAGUACGAAUGCUGCUACAGUAACAGCUUCAACGAACAGUACUAUACACUCCAUUACCUCGAGUAUAGUUAGCACUGGAACCGGAUCCUUCUACCCGCGCAAGCUCAGCUCAGCUGGUGUCGAUAAGCGUGCUCCCUUCUCCGAAUUAUCCGACACCCACAAAUCAAAUGAUAGUGAUAAAACUGUCUCGUUGUCGGGAAGCACUUCCGCUAGUACUGACUCUGACCGCACACCGAUACGGCUAGACUCUACCGAAGAUGGUGAUUCGGGGAAUUGGCCGCGUCAAAAUUCAUUGUCACUCAAGGAAUGGGAUAUCCCGUAUGGCGAUUUGCAUUUGCUAGAAUCUAUUGGCAAAGGGCGGUUCGGUACGGUGCAUCGUGCAUUAUGGCAUGGUGACGUCGCUGUCAAAUUACUUAAGGAAGACUAUCUCGACGAUGAGCACAUGCUGGAAGCAUUCAAAUUAGAGGUGGCCAACUUUAAGAAGACGCGCCAUGAGAAUCUAGUACUAUUUAUGGGUGCUUGCAUGAAUCCACCACACUUGGCCAUCGUAACGUCGUUAUGUAAAGGCAACACGCUUUACACCUACAUACACGCACGUCGCGACAAAUUCACUAUUAAUCGCACUACGCUGGUGGCCCAACAAAUUUCACAAGGAAUGGGAUAUCUGCAUGCCCGUGGUAUUCACCAUAAGGACCUGCGAACAAAGAAUAUUUUCCUGGAGAACGGAAAAGUUAUCAUCACCGAUUUUGGUCUAUUCAGUUCCACCAAAUUGCUUUACUGCGAAAUGGGACUAGGUGUGCCUAAUGGCUGGCUGUGCUACUUGGCGCCGGAGCUGAUGCGUGCGCUAAUGCCACGCAAGCCGACCGAAGAAAUUUUACCCUUUUCUAAGGCGUCAGACGUAUACUCCUUUGGUACGGUGUGGUACGAAUUGCUUUGUGGUGAAUUCCCGUUCAAAUCGCAACCACCGGAGUCGGUCAUUUGGCAAGUGGGGCGCGGUAUGAAACAAACACUAGCCAAUUUGCAAACAUCGCGCGAUGUCAAGGAUAUACUUAUGCUCUGCUGGUCGUUUCAAGCAGAUGACAGGCCAGACUUUGCCAAACUGCUGUCUCUUUUGGAGCGUUUACCCAAGAAACGGUUGGCGCGCAGCCCGUCACACCCUGUACAAUUGUCACGUUCAGCAGAGUCAGUAUUUUAAUCGAGUGAAAUUUAUGUAUCAAAUCAGCAAUAUACUAAGUACCUCACAAAAGGGGUAUCCAAAGGAACUGAGACAGAUACAUACAUAUUUAUUAAAUCAAAUCAAAUCAGUAUAAGCAGGUGGUGAUAAGAACAAUAUGGAAUGGAAUACCGCGAUGAUGAUAUAUGAAUUUCCAAAUUGCUAUUUAGGGCCGAAAAAAUUUAAAAUUGUUAUUGUAAACUAGAUUUAAGUACUAAAAGUGUAUAUAUAAUAUGUACGUACAUAGGUGUAUAUACAUCCUAAAGGUGCCGUGAGACUACAAAAGAGUAAAAAAAACUACUUUCAAGUACAAUUACAAAAAAAAAUCAAUUAUAAUUACUUCUAACGAGAUUAUAAAUAAUUACUAUGACGAAAUGAAAAUACAGGAAAAUGUAAAAAUCUAUGGCAUAAAAUCAAUUGUAGUAAUAUCAUUCCUAAUACGUACUCAGUACAAAUAAAUGUCGAUUUUCGUUUAACUUUCAACUAGGUCCUCUACGAUUAUAUUGUGUCAGUCAAUGAAGUCGCGUUGAAGUGGCGUUUUAACCAGUGCUUAGCGAAUGGUGUUUCAGAACAAUGCAUUUGUAAAUAGGAACUUAAUUUGAUAAUUAUCCAAGACUAACGUAGACUUUGUAAAUAACAAGAAUACAGUAAUUUCAACGAGAUUAAAUUAUCAAACCAAAAUAUACAAACUUCAUGAAGCAUGCAAAUGAAAAAUAUGUAUAUGUAUAAAUUAAAGGCAUACCACUUCAAAAAGCAUACACGUCAACUGAAAACUUCAGAAAUAAUAAAUAAUUACUGCAGAUUGUAGAACAGGCAAUGAAAUAAUAACUUACAUACAUAUAAAAAAUCAAGUGUCAGAUGAAGAGAUUUGCUGAAAAUGCCUAUUAUUAACCGAAACGAAAUUCAAUCUAAUGCAUGUAUUGUAGGCUAAAGAUAUGGAUGCGAAAAGUUAAAUAAAGCAAAUAAAAGGAAAGUUACGCAACAUGAAAA